AUUGUUUGCAAUUGUUUGUCUAUGUCAAUUUCUAAACAUUGGCAUCAAUGGAAAAUCAAUGACACCCCCUGACAACAAUUCAAAAUCAGUCUACAUUUGUGGUGGCGAACAAUUAGAUGACAAUCAUAAUUGUUUUAAAUGGGAUAUCCAGGCAAACAAAUGGUCUGAAUUUGCCCAUACAACACUAGCCAGACAGGGUAACCAACUGGUUGUUGUAAAUCAGACAACAAUGAUUAUAAUUGGCGGCGAAAAGAAUUAUGAUUGGAAUAUUGGAGAAGUUUAUGAUUCAACUAAUAAUAAAUGGAAUCAGUUUACAGUAAUGUCUGAACAUAGAAGUUAUUUAGGCGUCGAAGUUAUCAAUAGUAUUAUAUAUGCUUGUGGUGGCUAUAGUUACAAUGGGGGCAUACAAUCGUGUGAAUUUUAUGAUCCAAAAUUUGGCCAUUGGCAAUUAUUGAAUAAAUUAAUACAUGAACGUUGGAACUAUCAGAUUGUUGCCCAUAAAAAUAACCUGUACCUAAUUGGCGGUUUUGGACAGUCAAGUUACUAUGACGAUAUGGAAAUUAUCAAUGUCAAAACUAGAUUAAGUUCAACUGGGUCAAAAAUGUCAAUGAAAAGAGAUGAUUGUGCUGCAGCAUCCUAUAUGGAUAAAAUUGUUGUAUGCGGUGGCUAUACAACCAAUACAUGCGAAUCAUACGAUACAACCACUGAUAAAUGGACUAAAUUUGCAUCAAUGAAUCGAGUUAGAUUAAAUUUCAAUUUACUAGUUAAUGAUGACAAGCUAUACGCAAUUGGCGGAUUUCCAUUAACAAACGUUAUUGAACUAUACGAUAGUAAAUCGGAUAAAUGGGUUGAUUAUACAACUAUGCCGUUUAAUAAUGCUGGUUUUGGUGCUGUAUUAUUCUAACGAGAAAAACAGUCAACUGGGUA